UCAACUGCGUAUAAUUGAUCACUGAUGAGAAUUGAUGACAUUCAAGAUAGUUCCAUUUUGCGGAAAGGUAUUCCUGUCACUCAUUCUGUUUUUGGGAUUGCUAGCUCACUAAGUGCUGCCGCUUAUAUAUUGUUUAUUGCUUUGGAACGAGUUAUUAAUUUACGACAUCCUGCAGCACCAAAGGUAUGUAUAGAACAAUUGUUGAAACUUCAAAGAGGUCAAGGAAUAGAUAUCUUUUGGCGGGAUAAUUUCAUUUGUCCACGUGAGGAAGAUUACAAGGCUAUGGCAAUAAAAAGUAAAUGUUAAUA